CUUCCUAGAAAUGGAAUAAAUCUACUGGAUAUGACGAAUUUCACUUAUCUAUUAGAUCCCGUGCUAGAAGAUUUGAAAUGCCAAUUAAUUUCAGGCAAGAGUUGUGCCAACGAAACUAUUUCCAGCGGUCUUGAAUGCGCUAGCUACGGGAGUUCUCUAGAAUACACCUGCGAACUAAAUUUGGACAUCCAAAAUGAGACCUCAUACUCUUGUUUCAAGUGUACGAAUAAUUCCUUGGAUACUUACAGCAACUACACUUCAUGCAACUCUCGACUCAAGCUGAAUAUGCUGGGAACUUUGUACGAGAGCGCCAUUAAGAACUUGUGGUUGAAAAUACCUGACUUGGACAUUUGUGAUUGGAACACGUUGUCGUGUUUCAGCGACCCGAAUAGGACGCUGUAUAUUGAUGCUUUCAACAGUUUUAAUAGUGAUACUUUCAACGAAACUUUUCAGUGUAAGUGGGACAUGAGAAAUGAUACGGAGAAUUUCAUAAGUGCUGAGUACGAUUGGAGUUUCUUGUUUGUGAUACUGUUCAUAGUGGCGGGUGGCGUUGGCAAUAUUUUAGUGUGCUUGGCGGUUUGUUUGGAUAAGAGAUUGCAGAAUGUGACGAACUACUUCCUGUUAUCAUUGGCGAUCGCUGACUUGCUUGUCAGUUUGUUCGUGAUGCCAAUGGGAGCUAUUCCAGGAUUCCUUGGUUAUUGGCCGCUGGGCGUAGUUUGGUGCAACGUGUACGUGACAUGCGACGUGUUGGCGUGCUCGGCUAGCAUUAUGCACAUGUGUUUCAUCAGCAUCGGCAGGUACCUCGGUAUCCGAAAUCCUUUGAAGAGCCGCCAUCAUUCCACGAAGCGAGUGGUUGUCAUCAAGAUAGCUCUAGUAUGGUUGCUAAGCAUGUUUGUCUCCAGUUCCAUCACAGUUUUGGGUCUCAUCAACAGAACCAAUAUAAUGCCGACGCCAGAUCUGUGCGUGAUCAACAACCGCCUGUUUUGGGUUUUCGGCUCGCUGGUCGCGUUCUACAUCCCCAUGUUCAUGAUGGUGGUCUCUUUCGCGUUGACGGUGCAGCUGCUAAAGAGUCAGGCGAGGUUGGCCGCUACCCCAGUACCGGGUGGGACGCAUAGGAGGCAAUGCGGUGGUUACGAUAACGGGCCUCAGCAGUGCGUGAGAAGAUUGGGGGCGAGGAGUUCACCCGACCUCUCACCCAGCACCAGUGUGUCCAGACAACUGACGUGGCGGGUUACAUCUUCAAAUAGGGCGCAGCGUAACAAAAUCGGCAUGAGCGUCUCCCAUCCUCAACUAAGCUAUAUGAACGGAUGCGGAAACGGGACAGGAUCAGGAUGCUCCAGACGGGGACGCGACGUGGCUACCCAAACUCCUCCAAGCAUAGCUGCUGAGACGCGGAGAGCGAGGCUUAUACCCUUGAAGCUUACACUGGCUGCUCCGAAUGCCUUAUCUUUGAGAUUCCUAGCUAACCGCAAGAAGGACCGGUCUUUGUCAGCGAACGCUGUAGCUAAUGAACAAAAAGCUACGAAAGUUCUUGGCCUCGUGUUCUUCACAUUUGUGCUGUGCUGGGCUCCAUUCUUCCUCCUAAACAUACUAUUUGCUUCGUGUCCUGCUUGUAUAGUACCAGAACACGUUGUGGACAUCUGUCUUUGGCUGGGCUACGUGUCUUCCACCAUCAACCCUAUCAUCUAUACGAUUUUCAACAGGACAUUUAGAGCCGCAUUUCUCAGGCUCUUAAGAUGUCAUUGUAGCAGAAGGGGGCGUUGUACUCGCUACAGAUCGGUUGGCUCAACGCGCGGCGCUUCCCAGCUUUGUGCACGGUCUGCCUUGCCUCUGGCAAUAUCGUUAAGGCCCUCGGCUAUGCCUACGACCACACCGCCGGCGCAUGAAACUACCGAGACAGUGCUUAUAGAGCCGCAGUACAAAGUGCGGUAUUAG